AUGACUCUCGACUCCAUCAGGCUUACAAGGUCAGGCACGGAACACGGUAGUGAGGUAGCCGGCGUCACCAUUCCAUCAAGAUCUGUAAACCGGGGGGGUUCGUUUUGGUUUAGACCAGGACGACGUUGGCCCGUUGAGAUCCCACCCUUUUGCCAGGGCUGGUUAAGCCCGAAUGAGAGCAAGGCGUGUGGGAAAGUAUCAGAUGAGUGGAAGACAAGAAAAGCAACCGGAGGAGAAAGGCGCAAUGCCAGGUAUCAAGGUUACGGGGGGGAGGCACCGAGGAAGCCGUAUGAGCCGUAUGAGCCGUAG